GACGUAGGCGGCCCUCGCCAUCUUCCUCGUAUUUCCAUAGCGAAAUAAUUUCGUUCUAGCCGCCAUCAAUCUGCCAUCGCGGCUAUUACUUGGCUAGCCUUCUUUCCUAGAUGAAACAAUCAGCCCAAGUAUUGGUUAUUAUUGGAUCGAGGCUUGGACCCCCAAUCACCGCUUGACCACAAGCCACGACCGCCAUUCAACAGAUCGUGGUCCAAUCCUGUGGCGCGCCUUGAUAGUAAACCCAAAAUAAGGUAUGAACCGUGUAAUAUCGAUUGGUGACCAAGGACUGGAAUGAGCAGCCCGCCGCCACAACCAAAAACCUCUCGAUCCGUGCGGAACCUGAAACCGCAGCUGGGCGACCGUCCUCGAGACCCGCGCCGGCCCCCAAUCCCAAGAUGGCCUGGCGGUCCUAACAGCGCGUCAGAGCGCGCGGCACCAACCCAAGACCGCACAGACAGGAUCACACCCUCCCCCAAUCUCGUAUUGCAAAGUGCGGGGGGGGGAGGAGAAUGAGAGGAACUUCAUGUUGGGGGUGGGACUUUCCUUUGCCCUUGGUGAAUCCCGCGCGCUGCGUGCGGGAGCAGGUGAUACGAUGAUGAUCACGACCA